UUAAUAAUUUAUUGUGAUUCCAUGAAACCCCCAGUAAGGGACAAAGCUGACUGGGCUAGAAUGGCUCUCUUGGUAAAACCACAGCUCUUAACUUCAGAGUAGCACACACAGACUUCCUUGAGGAAAAGGUAUUUUCUGGCUCAGUUACACCUCCAUCUCUCGUAAAAUGAGUCAUUCACAGCCACUGUAAGUGGCAACACAGAAUGUUCACAUCAUUCUUCCACUCCCCCCUCCCUCUCUGACCGUCAUCGAGGACCAUGCUUCUCCCGGAUUUAUCUAGACAGGAGCAGAGCGCUUCUACAGCAGCUUUCCUCGGGCACACAUUCCGGUUACCUUUUCAGAAAACCACAGAGUAGAAGAAACAAAAUCCCCCCGGACUGAUGCGAAACCGAGCAAAGCGAUGCCGGAACUGAGGGGAGCCGCUGGCACGGGCAGCUCCCAGCGCCAGGGCACGGCCGCGGCACCGCGCUCGCUGCCGAGCGGGCUCCGUCCCGCCACAGCCGCGCCCCGGUGGGCUCGGGGUCCGUCCCCGGGGCGGAGGCUCCGCUCCCCCCGCCCCGAGGCCGGCAUCGCUCCCGCCCCGAGGCCGGCAUCGCCCCGGCCCCGUUCGGCUCCCCUGCCCUGCGGGCCCCACCGCGCCUGCGCGGCCCCGCCGCGGCCUGGGCGCGAUGGCGCGGCCCGAGGGGCCCCCGACGCUGCCCGAGCCCCUGCGGCGGCGGCUCGUCUCCUUCAGCAGCUCCGUGUUCAGCGACAGCCACCGCACCGCGCUCAGCGACGUCCCCCGCGCCCCCCCGGGCUUCCCGGGCUACCGCGCAGAUUGUGAAAUCCUUUCCAGUUUGCCUCUGCAGAUGUCCCUCUAUUUCAAUGUUUAUUUCUUCCCGUUCUGGUGGCUCAUCACAGUUGCCAUCCUCUACCUGAAGUAUCCAGCCUUAUCAGAUUAUUACAAGUUCAUCCUGGUCACCAUCAUGAUCCUGGUCUCUCUGACAGAGCUCAUUCGACUCUACCUGGGAUAUGUGGGCAAUCUCCUGGAGAAAGUCCCUGAGCUGGCUGGGUUUUGGCUCCUGACUCUCCUCCCGCAGUUGCCUAUAAUUCUCUUCUUGCUAUUUAAUGAAGGUCUCAAAAUCCACUCUCUGGAGCGAGCCGUCCACAUCAUCUUCGCCGCCUUCCUCUCCUUCCAAGCGGUCGCGGCGUUUUUCACCCUGAAAAGGAUGGUGAACACUCUGGCCACUCGCUUCCGCCUGACCGAGUUCCACCGCCUGGAGGAGCAGCGCCCCGCGCCUGGCGUUUGCAGCCUGGCCGCAGGGAGCAGCUCCCGGGGCUGGUAGGGCCCCAGUGCCCGCCGGAGAUCGCGCCCCCAGGGCCUCAGCAGGGAACAGAGCCCGGCCCAAUGUGGCCGCAGUUCUGUUUCCGUUUUGUUGGGUCAUUCUUUGCCUUCUUGCCUCAGAGGUAUCAAAAAAGUAGAUCUUGCUCAAGAGUCAACAUUAAACCUCAGAGGAUGGAGCUCCUUUCUGCAAGGAAAAUCAAAGCCAAUUCCAUAACUGACUGAGUGGACUGUUUGUGGACUGAGUAGAUUUGGAGGGUUUUACGUUUUACAAAGUUGUGGCAUUUUUCAAAAACCAGAAGCCUUUUUCCCCACUGUUUGCACAAAAUUAUUUUGUUUACAAUAAAUCUUUUCUACACUUUU